AUGGGAAAUAACAUCAAUAAAACAUGGAUCAUUGAACAAGACAAUAUUACGAUCAGAUACGAGAAGGGGCCACACCCCAACCCGCUCAUCACUGUUAACAAUGUGAUGAUACCUUACUUUAUAGAGAAUGGUCAAAGAAGAAUCAAUCAAACCUUUGUGUUUAUAGUUGACAAUCAAACCUACAGGAUUACAUAUUCAAAAUCUGUUAUGCAUAUGGGAUUCAAUCAAAGAUUGAUAAGAAAUAAUAUAGAUGUAGAAUCAAGAGAAGAAUUUAAAGAGGAUAAUUUGGCGUUAAGAAGUUUUUCUAAUGGUAAGACUGUCGUUAUCCCAGCCAACAAACCAUUUCCUCCCACUUAUAUUACCACAGCAGCCACACCAACUACUCCUUUACAUGCUACUUAUUACCAACCUCCACAACUUAUUUAUCAAGCACCAUAUCCACAACAACAACAAAAACAACAACAACCUUAUCAAUAUGAACCUCUCUCACAACAACCACCACCUUACCAAUCGUCAUCAUCAUCAUAUCAACUGUCCCAACCAUCAUCAAACCACUCAAUGGUUAUUGAUGAUUAA